UUCCAAGCAUCACCUCCCUGUGCGGCUACCAGCCGAAGCCUGUGUACAUGUCAAUGCGAACAUUCAGCCAUGUACACCAUCAAGCUCUCAAUCUCAACCACUAUACAUAUCUGCAUCAGAAAAGAGUACAUAUCAAGAAAAUCUUGAGCAUGGGACAGUAUCUUCCCAUGAUCCAGCGCCUCAUAUCUCAGAUUCAGAUCCAAUUCUCCGCUGCGAUCUUCAAGACAAUACUGGUAUCCCAAUCAAGCCUCCCGCCUUUCGGGAAGAUGUUCCAGAGAAUGGUCUAUCUUUUCCCAGUAUAUCCAGCUCGAAUGACAAUAUAGAAGAUUUCUUCAGGUUUGCCAAUACUCAGUAAGACAUUCUAAUUGACCCGGUAAUCCUUGCCGA